UCAUGUAGUGGUUAGACCCGGUCGGACUUGACAGGACCGUACAAUAUCAGGAUAACCUUCCAUUCUCUUUGGACACUGCUAACUCUUAUCAUACUUUGUUCCAAUUUCGAUUCAAUGGCUCUAUCUUCUUGUGCAAUUCAUACCAAAGGUUAUUCAGUACCACUACGCCUAAUUUCAUCCCCAACCGGAUCAAAUUCGUUCUUCCCUAGAAGAUUCAUAUGCCCAACAAAACGAGUCCCUAAUCAGAGGGUUCAAAGAUAUCGAGCAUGUUCUCUUCUAGAAGUUGCAGUUUCUGGCAUCAAUAUCCCCGUAUCAGCUUCAGUCGACUCUGCAGAGCUUAUAAGAAAUGCAUCAGAUGGCAUACCAGAGUAUAUGCAAAGGUUGGUUCUGAUGGAUAUAGACCAGGGUACGGCUAAGUUGGCGAUAGCUAUAUUGGGUCCUUUUCUGUCAGCAUUUUCGUUCCUGUUCAUUGCAAGAAUUGUCAUGUCGUGGUAUCCAAAGCUCCCGGUUGGGAAAUUUCCGUAUGUAGUCGCAUACGCCCCUACGGAGCCGAUUUUGACGGUGACACGGAAGGUGAUUCCGCCCCUCGGUGGAGUCGAUGUGACUCCAGUGGUUUGGUUUGGAUUGAUCAGUUUCCUUAACGAAAUACUAGUCGGCCCUCAAGGCUUGCUUGUCCUCCUGUCUCAACAGAUUUAGAUCAUGUAAAUUUUGUACCAGAAAGACAAGUAGAAAUUCCUAAAUUUUUAGAGAGAAAUAUAUUAUUUUAAUUGUUUUGAUUAAUGAAGUUGAAUGCGUUAUAAUUUCUUUCAAAAGUUCUGUAAAAAGUGUACUGAAAUGAUGAAUUUAUGAAA